AUGUCCAACACUCUCACCGACUAUCGAUGCGGUUCUCAUGGACUCUGGGCGCUUCAGACCGGCUGCUACGUCUGCGUUGACGCCACGACAUGUCACGUUCUCGACACAGCGAUAACAUCCGCCGAGGCACAGGAGAACAGUCGCACGCUGCCGAAAGCCAAUGGCAACGAUAUCUCGAUACUGCUACAAGACCAAGCCGACCGCAACGCCGAGGAUCCUGCAUUCGAACACGCAGCCAUGACGAACGCGGCGUCACCUCGAGCAGAGGAGACGACGAAGCGCUCUGAAGUGUCCAACUGGCUGUUCUCCAUCCCCGUGUGCUUGGCAAUUGUGUCACUCGGCUUAGCCAUCCGCGCUCGACUUCCUCAACGACGUCGUGGCUUCCAGCGUCUACAAGACCACAACCGUCCGAAUCGAGACACGAAUGCUCUUUCUCAGGACGAUAUCAACCCAUUCUGCUCCAACGAAGUAGAAGAAGACGUCGAUAUCGAGACGGCUGGACACUUCCAGGGUGAACCAAGUAACAGUGAAAGCGAAGACACACAGUUUCUGUCCGUGGAAGAAGACGCCUUCACGCUAGCGGAAUCCGAAGCCAUCAAGCAAGCUGUAUUGCUACACAUUAAGGCGUUUGACGAACAAGAAGCGGGGAUUUAA